AUGGCAUCUUCAUCCACAGAACAGGAAGUAGGAGUAAAUGGAGAAGAUGAUUCUAGAGAUUUCUCAGAUAUGUUUACUCUUGUAAAAUUAUAUCAACAUAAAUUAUCCAGUAUGAUAAGGCCAUGGAAAUUAGAAUAUGAAAUUCAGCCACGACACUCAAACGACCUUGAAGCAAGUGGAGUGACGUCUGUUACACCAGGAAUGAAAAUCCAAAGUGCAGAUCAGUCUGAGUUUCUGACAGCUCCGCCUGAGUUGAAGACAGCUCAGUCUGAGUUGAAGACAGCUCAGUCUGAGUUGCAGACAGCUCAGUCUGAGUUUCAGACAGCUCAGCCUGAGUUUAUGACAGCUCAGUCUGAGUUUAUGACAGCUCAGUCUGAGUUUAUGACAGCUCAGUCUGAGUUUAUGACAGCUCAGUCUGAGUUGCAGACAGCUCAGUCUGAGUUGCAGACAGCUCAGUCUGAGUUGCAGACAGCUCAGUCUGAGUUUAUGACAGCUCAGUCUGAGUUUCAGACAGCUCAGCCUGAGUUUCAUACAUACAUACAUACUUUGAUUCUGAAAUCAUGCAUAAGUUGCCAAAAAAUGUUUGUUCUUAUCAUGGAAGUCUUCUGA